UGCGAGGCACAAGCCAGCGACUCCAGAGAGAAAGGAGUUUGCUGAGGACAGCGUUUGGAGGAGGGUCUCAGGAGGCCGUCGGGAUGAGUUUUUCACUGAACUUCACGUUGCCAGCCAACGUGACGUCCUCUCCAGUCGUUACAGGUGGGAAAGAAGCAGACUGCGGGCCCUCCCUGGGACUUGCCGCCGGCAUCCCAUCGCUGGUGGCCACGGCCCUGCUGGUAGCUCUGCUGUUCGUGCUGAUUCACCGGAGAAGGAGCAGCAGCAGCGAGUCUGCCGAGGAAAGUGAGAGGCCAUGUGAAAUUUCAGAAAUUGAUGACAAUCCCAAGAUAGCAGAGAAUCCUAGGCGAGCACCCACAUGUGAGGAGGAUAUCAUGGGAGCAGAAGCAGCUCACAUAUACGUGAGGACGGUAGCAGGGAGUGAGGAGCCCGUGCGGGACACCUACCUUCCCACGGCAGAAAUGGAGAGACGGCGGGGACUGUGGUGGCUCAUCCCCAGGCUGAGCCUGGAAUGAUGCGGCUCGGCCAAACCACAGAACUGGAGCUGGGACAGAGCUGGGAACCCGGGGGCUCGUGCUUGGAGUGAGCAGAGAGGCUAAGCUGCUGCUUAAACAACCCAGAUUUCGUUGACAGAUCUGGAAAACUUACGGGUGAUUUGUCUCUUCAGGGGGCAGGUCUGACGAGGUUCAUUCCAACUCUCAGAUCCUGUGGUUUAACGAGCAGCGGAGCAUCAGGUGACGACCCUGUGCAUCUGGAAGGAGCCCUCGGGUCC